UAUGACAAAAUUAUUUUACAGAUUAUAAAAAUUUUAUCGAUUUAAAGUUGUGAGGACGAUUACUAUUUAUCUCCAUUUUAAAUAAACUUUAAAAAAAAUAUAUAUAUUUAUUAUAAGAUUUUAAAAAAUAUAUAUAAGUGUUUUAUUCUGAGUGAUAUACAGUUAAUUAUAUCUUGAAAAACUCGGUUAUCAUCAUCUUUCAAAAUAAAAUUUUAAUUCUUUUGACAUAAUAUUCUACUAGUUAUUCUACCCAUAAAAAUAGAAUAGAAUUAUCAAAGUAUCAAUAGUUUAUAAAGUAUAUUUUAUACUUAUUCUGGCAAAAUUUUAUAUAAAAUAUCCUCGAAAAAUAUUUCUUUUCUGAUUAUUGCAAUAUCUUAUUACUUUCAUGCGCGGAAUGAUAAAAUGAAUCAAUUGGAGCAAAAAAAAAAACAGCUUGCUUUCCAGCUUUAAUGUUAUAAAUUAUGCAAUUUGCAAAAUAUGCAACCUCGCCGGACUGUCGGACCACGUGCCUGACGUGCCACACGCGCCAACUCCCCUCUCCGGAGCAACGUUGCAGAUUUCGGACUUCUGCCACAUAGUUACGGGUGUGGAGGGGAUGAAGAGUUAAGGGCAAGAGCCAAUCGUGCACUAAGCACUCACUGAUUCUUUACUACGAUUGGUCCUUGCUGUUAAUUCUUCAUCCCCUUCAUAGGCGCGGCUAUGUGGCAGAAGUCCGAAAACUGCAACUAUGCUCCGGGGACCGGCGCGGCGAGCCGCUCUUCGCCCUCGUCGUCGGCCCACGUAGCCUUGCUCUUGCCUCAACCGCCUCAACGAGCCGUGGCAGCCGAGCCGAGCGUAAACCGGCUCCCGGUGAUCCUGAGUGGAGCACUUUAAUGGAGGUCCACCAUGAGCCGAUUGAAAAAAACUAUCAACUGCUUGAAGAGAUUGGCAAGGGUCAAUUUGCUAUUGUACGAAAAUGCCAGGAGUUGAAAACCGGAGAGCUGUAUGCCGCAAAAAUUAUGAGAAAGAGGCGAGUUGCCAGAGGUGUGGCCGCUGCCGACAUUGCACGAGAAGCUGGUCUUUUGGCUCGAUUAAGGCAUCCUAACAUUGUUUCCUUGUACAAGGUAAUAGACACAGGGACAACAGUGGUGUUGCUCCUGGAAUUGAUUACGGGAGGAGAGUUGUUUCACUGGAAUCCGUCCGGUGAAACGGAGGCGGCUCAUGUGGUGCGCCAAGUCUUAAUGGCACUUAGUCACUUACAUUCCCACCAAGUUGCUCAUCUGGAUAUUAAGCCUGAGAACAUUCUGCUGUCGACACCGCCACCGAUGCCUAGCAUUAAGCUAAUAGAUUUAGGUCUAUCGCAUCGACUGGUACCUGGUUCGGAACACAGAGCAUUGUUCGGCACGCCUGAAUUUGUGGCACCGGAAAUCGUAAAUUACGAGCCACUCAGCUUAGGAACCGAUCUUUGGGCUGUUGGUGUAUUGACGUAUAUUCUUCUAAGCGGAGCUUCGCCAUUUUUAGGCGAGGACAAGCAAGAGACAUACGCAAACGUUGCUGCUUGCCAAUAUCAAUUUGACAAUGAGUAUUUCAAUAAUGUGUCCGAGAUUGCCAAAGACUUUAUACGAUCCUUGUUGAUUAAGGAUCCGAAGGAGAGAGGAAAUGCUGAAUCGUGCCUUAAACAUCCCUGGAUUCUCACGGAAUCUGAAACUCCUCAGGGUCUCGGCGGAGCAAUGAUCAGUGCUGUGAAGCGAGGCUGUGUUGAGGCUGUCUCUCAGUUACUGUUACAGGGUGCUCCAUUAAACAUGAAAGACUCUAAAGAAGAUACUCUUCUGCAUAUUGCUUGUGAAGCCGGCGACGAGGGAAUGACGAUUUUGCUGAUAGAGAGCGGAAUUGAUCUGGACACACCGAAUAAACAAGGUCUCACGGCAUUACAUGUAGCCGCUCGACACGGGCAUAUUAAUCUGGUUAGACAUUUGUGCCUUGCUGGUUGCGACGUCGAUAAAACGAAUCGAGGGAUUCGCGCAGACGUAACAGCGAUUAAGUACGGAUAUCCGGAUAUCGCAAAUUUAUUAGAUAAAUUGCGAAAUCUGAAUCAGCGCGAGAAUUACAUUCGUCAGCUGCAACCGACACACAGACCGAUAGAUCGACUGCACAUAAGACUGCUCGGGCAUUGCGCCUCUGGAAAAACGUCGUUAAUUAAUUCGUUGAAAUCUGGAAUAUUUAGUUUUGGCUUCUUUCGAAGAUCAAGAAGCCAGAAUUGUAGUGCGAAGAGAGAGCCGAGUAUCGAACUUGAUGUGACGAGUAAACAUGGUUCUCUCAGUUUCGAGUACAGCGACAAUGAGUAUGAAGGUACUCAAGGGGUAGAGUGGAGCCGCGGUAACGUAGGUGGCGAAUGCGUCUUUUGGGAGUUAUGUGGACGCGAAGAAUAUCUGGCAUCUUAUCACUAUGUACUCACAUUCCAGCAACCAGCGGUGCAUCUUAUUACGGUCAGUUUGAGAGAACCGCUGACCGUUCAACUUCAGCAGAUAAAAUUCUGGCUGCAAUUUAUUUUGGAUCGUAUUAAUCCGAGUAAUGUUGGAUUUGGCGGCAGGUGCAACGACAUAAAGGUAAUCUUAGUCGGCACUUACGCGCCGGAACCUUUAGCCCCGAAUUCUAACGGCGGCAAUCUACUCGCACCACUCUUGCCAUUUCUGAAAGACUUUACAUCAAUUUUGGGGGAAGAACCUCAAAUGGUAGCACUGGACGCAACUAAUCCUUCUAGUCCUGGCCUGAAACUUCUCAGAUCUUAUUUAAAUAAUGCAAGGAUGGAAUUUCUCGAGGAUGGACCGGAAGUUGCAGAAAGUAUUCUCCGACGUGACGCGCCGCGUGCUGCGGCUACGUACGUGCCCCUGGCGAAUCUUGAUAAACAGAGCGUCUUAGUGUGGACCGGUCUUGCCGAAGCAUGGAGGUCGUACAUGCAGUCAUUGGAAGUGCCUCCGUUAAUGCUUACUCAGGAAGAAUUUCUGAACGAGGUCCGAAAGAUCAAUCCUUUAGUUUGUUUGGAACAUUGCAGACAUCUCGGUUUACAAUUACAGAACUUAGGGGAAUGCAUUCUUCUACCUGAAAACUUAAUAGUACUUAGUCCCGAGUGGUUUUGGCAAGACGUGCUAAAUUGGCAAUUAAGCCCCGAUCAGAGAGGACGAUUGGGCGGUCGGACUACCGGUGUUUACACCUUGGAAGAUUUUCAAGCGCGAUGUCCAUGUCCCGCCGCUCAAGCUCUACAAGCUUUACAAGCAGUCAAUUUAUGCGUUCCGUGCGAAGUAGAUGACGACGAAGUGGAGUACGAGAUACCAUGUUUAAACCUUGUAGAGCGUCUUCCAGGUUUAUGGGAACCGUGGAAACCAUGCUCGAAUGGAUUGUCUCAUGCCGGUUUACGUCUUUGUCCAGAAGAAGCGCCUUUAUAUCAUUUGACUGCUAUAUUUACACAUUUACAGGCACAACUGAGAAAGAUCACACAAACAUGGGAUCCGUCGAAUUCGGAUUUGUAUCAGUGGUGGCGAGGUUCGAAGCUGUGUUUAGGGCCCUGCGAGAGUAUAAUCACUUUUGAGGAAGACGAACAUAGCUGCGUGGAAAUUCAAGUUCGUGGUCCGCGUGGUUCUAGCGCGCAAUGCUUCGCUCUUCUCAGCGUGAUUCUGGACGCGAUGGACACGACCAUCGAAUUAGUCGCACCCGGAAUGUUACUUGAGAGGCAUUGGCUGAGUCCUAGCCAGCUUCGGGAAUACGACGAAGUAAUCCACUCUUGGGCGCCGGCCACGGUCAUAUCGGCUUUAAUCGACAAAGGCCUUGAAGAAGCGACUCUUAAGAAUCCCUUAAACGACCGGCAAGAGACCGUGUGGGAGAUAGUAAGCUGUGGACUGCCAUUGAUGGAGAAUUGCGUUCCCGGACCGAAACAACCUGUAAAAUACAUAAAGCCCGCUGUGCAGCGGCGAUUAGCGCAGAUGCUAGAUCCGCCUGAUCAUCACGGAAGAGAUUGGUGCUUGCUCGCCGUAAGGCUCGGUUUGGGGGAUCGCGUCGCCCAAUUGGAUAGCACAGUAGACAGUCCAACUUUAAGGCUACUGAAUUGCGCGGGUGCGGAAUGUACCGUCGGCUCGCUAGUGCAACAACUGCGGGCUCUUGAUCGCGAGGACGCCGUGCACCUGUUGCUCACGUAUACGCCAACCUACGUGCUACUGAUGUCCAUUGAUUCCGAGACAGGGUCUAAUCUUUCCAGAUGACGAUGCUGCCCUCAUCAAUGGCGCAUCAGCACGUUCUAAGUGCUUUUUUUUUUUGAAACGCUGCGCGUUUGAUAGCAUCGUCCUUCUACAUUUCCGCCCAAUGAUAGAUCGUACAUUAAUUUGCUAAGUAUAUCUUUAUAUAUAAAUUAACUUUAGCAAUCGAUUGCAUUGCACUUUGAAUCGAGGGAUAUAAAGAGGGAAUCUGUGACGUUUUUGUAUGCUAUUUUAUAUUUGUUUUCUUUUUCAUUUUGUACUUAGCCAACGUAGUAUUUGUUAAUUUGUAUUACCACAUCAAUUUGUGGUGUGAUUAAAUGGAAAUCGAUUUCUUCUCUCUUCUCUUUUGAUUUGUAUUAAAUAUAAUUUAAAAAUUUCUACUACUUAAUACUUACUUUUUUAUUUCCUGAUAAAGUUGCGCUGUGGUUAAGAUUAUAUUAAUAAACGCUGUAUUGUUGCGCAAUUUGCAUUUUUCUCAUUAUACGAAGUUGUUAUGCCAGGGAAAUGAUGCAUUUACAUUAUAAUGUGCGAUAUGAUCAUAUUUGAUAUUGAUAUUGUUUUGAACGCUUUUCUUGAUAUGUCGAUCAUCUUGAUAUACAUAUAUAUCUUGCCAAAACUCUAUGUCAAUAUCGAAGCACCGCUUUUUCAAUACUUCGGAAUAUUUACUAAGCAUAUAUUAUAUAUAUAUGCAUAAAAGAGUAAAACAACCAUUUUGCACAGUCUAUUAUUACUUUUGGAUAUAUCGUCUGUGUAUAUUUGACACAGUUGAUUACAUAUUUGUACUAACAACUGUAUCUAACGUCUUUACUACGUGCCAUAUGCAAAGAAUAUAUACAAUAUUCGGAAAAAAAAUAAACUAAACGUAUAAAGUGAAACUAAUUCUUCUGUAAUAUGACUGAACUGCGUUACUUUUUACUAUAAGCAACAUUUACAAUUAUGAAAGUCUGCUUAUCUAAUAUACUUGUUAAUCGAUCAGAAAAUCGAUCCCACACACGUGUAAUAUUUAAGAAGUAUAUACAGUAAUAGCAAAAGUAUUUGCAUCGAAACAUCUGUAGGGUUUCAUUUGCAUUUCUUUCUCAUCACACGCAUCAUCUUAUAACAGCUUAAACGAGGAAAUUACACGUUAUGAUCUAAGACUGUUGUAAAAAUAAACCGGUGAAAUUAUUAAAUAUAUCUUUCACUAAAUUUAA